CAACAAGUCACGGAUAAUAAAAAGCAAAUGCAAAAAUGUUGCAAAUUUUACCAACUAACGGUUAUUCAAUUUCUAAAAUGUUAUUUGCGAAUUUUUCAAAUCUAUAAAAAGUAAUACUUACACAGGGAAGCCAGCUUAGUAGUUAGUUUAGAAACAAUGAAGCCACACAUAGUUGUAGUGUUGCUGUCUUUGAGUCUUGCAUCUGGAAAUGAUUAUAAGGAAACAGGUCGUGUAAUUUCAUUGAGUAAUCCGGCACCACCAUCUGUAGUAUAUAAACCAUAUUACCCACCACAUUAUCCCUCUCACUGUGGUUGUUCACCCGGACUUCCAGGUCCACCAGGACCACCCGGUCCCCCUGGAUUACCGGGAAAUCCUGGCCCAAAAGGUGACCAUGGUGAUAAUGGUCAUAUCGGACACCCCGGCAGGCCGGGAAAACCCGGUAGACCUGGCAUUCCCGGUAAUCCAGGACCACCAGGACGACCUGGUCGUCCAGGACAGCCGGGUGCUCAGGGUCCUGUAGGUCCUCCCGGUCAUCACGGGCAUGGUCAUGGUCACUACCCUGUGCCACCUGUAGUAGUACAACCACCGGCACCUGUAUAUCCACCACCUUAUCAUGGAGGUGGCGGAAAUCAUCACCACCAUCAUCAUCAUCAUGGCAAUAAAAAUCCACCAAUCAUAAUUCCAGCACCCGCACCAGCCCCAUCUUAUCACCCACCCAUUUACCAUCCCGUUCACCCAGCUCCUGCACCUGCCGCACCAUCUCCUAUUAUUAUUUUAGGUGGUGGUGGUGGUGGCAGCAGCAGCAGUAGUAGCGCUGGUGGUGGUGGAGGAGGAGGUGGCGGUGGUACACGUCCCGGCACUGCUACUACUACCAGAAGACCUGCAACGACAACUAGAAGGCCAGCAGCCAAUAAUAGACUGUACGUGUAUGAUGGUCGUCAAUAUCCCGAAAAUCACGACUAUCAUCCACAAGAUCAGCAAUAUAAUGAACAAAUAAAUGAGGUCAACGCUGCAAAUUAUUAUGAAACUUCUGGGGAAAACUAUAACCAAAAUAGUGCUGAAGUUAAUAAUGAUUUGGAACAACAAAUUGGAAGCUCUCAAGAAAUGUCGGAUGAUAACAAUUAUGAAGGACAAGCAGGCGAAGAUGGAGAAUCUUAUGAAGAAAGUCAUCAAUCAUCUGCAGAUCGUUUCUAUCAGGCUGUUCUGGGUACAAAACGUUCAAAAGGAUAAAUAAAUGGAAAAGUGAUAUUAAAUACUGAAUAUUA